GUGGACGCCAACAUGCUCCUGGACGCCUACCGCGAGGUGUACUUCUCCGGGGGGGUGAGCUCCGUAUACCUGUGGGAGGAGGAGGCGGAGGGAGGGGCCGACAACGCCACUGGGGCUGCGGGGAGCUUCGCGGGGUGCUUCUUGAUCCUGAAGCGCGUCGGCGGGGACGGGGAGGAGGGGCCGGCAGGGGCCUGGGAGAGCUCGCACGUUGUCCAGGUCGUGUUGAGCAAGAAGAAUCCCACGCAAGCGACGUACAAGGUCAACACCACGGUGAUGCUGUCGGUGGACCCGAAGGACGAGGCCGUCGGGGCGACCAGCCUCUCGGGCAACCUGGCUAGGGAAAAGGAGGAGACCAAGACCUUCUCGACGGACAGCGACCACCUCCAAAACCUGGGCGUGAUGAUCGAGGCGAUGGAGAACACGCUCAGGAGCGACAUGGACGGUAGGAGCCGAGUCAGUCUACCACCGCAUCUCAGGACGAAGUGAUUUCUUCAACCCAUUUUUCAGAAAGAGUUUUGCACAUUCGGCAGGGGAUUCUUAACGUGAUUUUCGGGUAUGUCUGCAUAGUUUGGGGUGUCAAAGCAGCAAAUUUCCUGGAGGAAAAAAUUCGAAAAAGUGACCCCGGAUCUUCCUGAUGGAAAAUCGACUGACCAAUAUAAUUGCACGGAACGGUCCGAAAGCUCCCUCAAAACACCUGACGCGCACGCGCGAGGGCGCCGCUCGUGUGUGUCCUCUGAUGUGCCCUGCUAUGGGACACAACACAACACCUUUGCGCGGUCCCACUCUAGAACGCAUGCCUCAUGACACACCCGAGCAGCAGCCGGGCGGUGAAGCCACGCAGACACCUGCCGCCGCCGCUGCUGCUGUUGGCAAAAACAGCAGCUGUAGCAGCGGCGGCGGCGGCGGCGGCGGCAGCGAGGUUGAGUCUGGCUCUCUUCCACAAUCAUCUUACUUUUGACCAACUCCUCCUUCGUUUCCUCCAGCGUGCUCUCUACGACGGUGAGGCUGCCGCGUUCGAUAGCGCGCCGCGUGUUAUCUUCUGCUGGCGCGGCAACCGUACACUGCCCCGUCCUCUCUUCAAACUUUGUUUUGUUUUAAUUCAGCUUUCGCGCAGCGCGCCUCCUGCUGCCGAAAAGCGCGGACCUCGAUUUUUUCUUUUCGGGAGGGUCUGCUGGUGUGGGCGUUGCAGCCCCACUGGAGAGUCCGUUUUCAGACAUGUAGAUCUCGUGGUUGGCUGAUGCGAUUCGGAUGCGGUUUGUUGUGUGGUAUAGCUGUAAACCCAAGGUAGAGGGCUGUAAGAUCGCUUUUUCGAGAGGAGCAAAGGAGGCCUUGGGCUAGGAGCAAAGAGCUCAAAAAUACAUGUUUUUUGGUAUUGUUCGUCCGCCCUUUAACUUUAAGAGAAAACCGAGCUUACAGUCGCCUCUAUUGGACUUGUGUCCAGGUGUGUGUAACGUAGGGUAGAGCCACGCUGCUGUCUGGGCGCAGAACUACCUGCACA